GAGUGGCGGCUGAAGGGGAAAUUUUCAACAAUGACUCCAUUAACGCGAUGCUCAGCGUGAGCAGCACAACUGGACUCGGCUGCUCCACCAGCUCACUGGAUAUCUGAGGUUUCCUUCUGGAUCUUUACAAACCUCAGACCUCAAACUCUGGAUCAUGGGACCUCGUUAAAGUUUCCUCUGGGACGGACUCUUCAGGAACAUGUUGAUCAAAAAGAUCGAAGCCAGGGAGGCCUGUGAUUGGCUGCGAGCGGCCGGCUUCCCUCAGUAUGUGCAAUUAUUCAAAGACGGAAGGUUCCCCGUCGACACGGAGUGGGCGAGGAGGGAUCACCGCUUCCUGGACCAGGACGCUCUGGAUUCGCUCUGCAGGAGACUAAACACUUUAAACAAGUGCGUGGAGAUGAGGCUGGAGCCGCGCAGAUCAAAACACAGGGGCGUCGACCCUGAGGAGGAGGAUUUUUGCGCCAUCAGCCCGAACUGGACGUACGACAGACGGACUCGCAGCUGGAGACGUCUCCACUCGUCUGAGGACGUCCUCCGUUUGACCGACGCCCCGACUCGACCCCGAGACGUGUCCCUGAGCGACCUCUGCUCCGUCCACAGCUCGAGCAGCACCGACAGCGACGCCCACCACAAGAGACGACCCGGCACAUCGGACAACCAGGAGACCAGCAGGAGCUCCUCCCCCUGCUCCUCCACCAACAAGACGCCGUCCCUGGACACGUCGUUCAGUGGACCCCCGUCCCCGAGCGGGGGAUCGUCCAGCGUGAGUCUGGAGACGGACGCCGGCCGCUCAGACAAACCGCCGAGGAAGACGAGCACCAGUCUGCUGAGGAAGAUGGAGAAGCUGAGGCCGAGGGGCGGGACCACAGGAGUCGUUAUCAGCGGACCAAUCCUAGACCAGAAGAGGGGGGAGGGGCCGAGGGGGGAGGGGCUUCACUGCACCAGGCUGCAGAUUCGAACCGACAGCCGGGCGUCGUCCUCGUCUCCUCACACCAGCAGCAGCAGCCAAUCAGAGAGCAGCAGCACCGUCAGCACCCCCAGCCCCGUCACCCGGGUCCGGAGCAACUGCAAACGCUCCAACAGCGGCGCCGGCACCACCUGGAACGACCAGAACCUCACGGGGACAGAGAGCUUCAGGAACCAGAGGAACACCGGCGGCGGCCAUGACAGUCUGAUCUUCCACAUCCCUGACGGACACAAACCCGGGACCUUCCCCACCUCCCUCGCACACAGACACGCCUCCUCCUCCUCCUCCUCCUCCUCCCCCCCCCUCAUCGACCACACCUCCGUCAACUGGAGGACCGGCAGCUUCCACGGCUUCCGGCCGCGAAACAUCAGCCGCCACGGAACGUCCUCGCUGGCCAGCGGCCCCCGGGACCCCUCCUCUGCCCCCGGGGCCCCCGGGGCCCCCAGCCCGCUCGCCAUGCUGGACCACCGGCUGAGCGUCUACGACAACGUGCCCGACGUCCAGCAGGUGGCGCCGGGGGGGGGAAGCAACAGGGACGUAGAACGGAGCGAAGAGUCGGACGUGAGUCGUCUGUUGGCGGGCGAAGACGUCUUCUCGGCUCUGGACAGCGUUUUAGAGCGAAUCAACGACCUCCAACAACUAGUCUCCUCGUGGUCGGAAGAUCUGUCAGAGGACGACUUUCAGAGAGGCUCCUCCUCCUCCUCGUCCUCCUCUUCUUCCUCCUCAUCCUCCUCCUCUUCUUCGUCGUCUUCCUCUUCUCACACCCAGGACUCACCUGUCCACUCCUCCUCAGCCGCCUCCCCCUUCCCGUCCUCCCGGAGCCACAUCCACCUGGAGGUGAAGCAUCCAGAGGAGGAGGAGGUUCUGGUGAACGGAGAAGAACCAGAGAUGAGAUCCUCACCACCGAGGAGCAGCAGAGUGAGUCGGCGGCUGCACUGGUCCAGCGAGCAGAGUCUGAUGCCCUCGCUGACCUCCAGCCCGGGGGUGGAGAACCAGUCCGUCUCCCAGUUCCUCCAGCUGCAGAAGCACUCGCUGCUCAAACUCACCGCUCUGAUGGACAAAUACUCCCCGUCCAGCAAACAGGGCUGGAACUGGACCGUUCCCAAACCGCAGAGGAAGACCAAGGCGUUGGAGGUGAAAGGUCGGCGGGUGUUCGGGGUUCCUCUGCUCCUCAGCGUGCAGCAGACUGGGCAGACGCUUCCUCCCAGUAUCCUCAGAGCGCUGGUCCACCUGAGGAGCAAGUGUCUGGACCAGGUCGGUCUGUUCCGGAAGUCGGGGGUGAAGUCUCGUAUCCAGUUCCUCCGCGAGCUGGUGGAAUCGAACCCUGACGGCGUCUCCUACGAUGGUCAGUCCGCCUUCGACGUGGCCGACAUGGUGAAGCAGUAUUUCCGAGACCUGCCGGAACCGAUCUUCACCAGCAAGCUGUGCGAGUCCUUCCUCCACAUCUACCAAUAUUUCCCGAAGGACCAGCAGCUGCUGGCGGCGCAGGCGGCCAUGUUGCUGCUUCCUGACGAGAACAGGGAGGCGCUGAUGACGCUGCUCCUCUUCCUGCGGGACGUGGUGGCGAGCGUGGACGAGAACCAGAUGACCCCGACCAACAUCGCCGUCUGCCUGGCGCCGUCGCUCUUCCACCUGAACACCGUGAGCAGAGACGCAGCCAGGUCGAGUCACAGGAAGUUCAGCCUCGGUCGCCCUGACCAGCGAGACCUGAGCGAGAACCUGGCGGCCACGCAGGCCCUGGCCGACAUGAUCACCGAGGCCCAGAGACUCUUCCAGAUUCCAGAGUUUUGGCCCAGUCGGUGUCAAAGUGCUGCCACAGAGGACGUCCUGUCCGAGGAGGAGAGGAGCAACCAGCUGCAGCACAUCACCCAGCACCUCCUGGAGGAGGCCAGGGAGAGGAGCCGAGGCUGGGAGAGCCACGCAGCUCCGGAGCAGGUGGAGCUCUGCUUCAAGAAGGUGGACGACGGCUGUCCUCUGUGGAUGUGGCGAGGCUCCGUGGAGGUGGAGGCUCCUCAGAAGGAGCUGCUCCAGCGCCUGCUGAGGGAGCAGGAGCUGUGGGAGGGAAACCUGCGUCAGUCCUCUGUCGUCCACUCGAUGUCCAAAGACACUGAAGUCUACCACUACGUCCUCCAGGGUCAGGACCUGGUCUCCCGGCCGCCUCAGGAGCAUCUGCUGCUCAGGACGUGGCAGGCCGACCCGUCCUCCGGGCCUCUGUACCUGUCCUCUGUGUCCACCGAGCACCCGGAGGUGCAGCUGCAGGGGAUCCGAGCUCAUGUCCACUCCUGCCUCUACCUGCUGGAGCCGACAGGAGCCACAAAGACCCGGCUGACGCACCUCUGUCGGACCGACACCAGGGGGCGCUCUAACGAGUGGCACAGCCGAGUGAGUGGACACCUCGUGGCCGCGGAGCUCCUCGCCAUCAGAGACUCGUUCCGAGGACACUUCAGGGAAACAAAGAUUUGAGUCAGGACGUGGACGUGGUAGCAUUUUAAGGAUUUUUGCACUUACCUGGGUCACUGCGCCCUCUGUAGGUGUUCUGGUUGAACUGCAGUGAAGGUGACCUCAGAGACGGCUAGUGACCAGACGAUGGAAUCAAACCCACGAGCAGGACCACAGACUCACUGGACGUUCACAGACGAUUGAACCAUGAACCAGAGUGAAGCCACAGAGACGACUUUGUGUUUUGGUUCCUCGGACUUCGAGCGACAACCGUUCGUCACAGACGAGCAACAUCUACCUCUCAGGACUACACAACUUCCCCCGACUGUUUUAAACAUUGAUAUUUAUUCUUGGAGAAUCCCCCCCCCCCUCGUCUCCAUAUAUGUACAUUUGUCUUAUUUCUCGCAGCACUUAGAGUUUUAUUUCAUGUUUAAACUCUUGAACGACAAAGAAAAAGGUUUAAUCCUUCGUCUUUCAGAUUAUUUAACUUAAUGUAAAUCUAAACACACAUUUCUUAUAUCCUGACAUGUUUAUUUAAGUCUCAACUUUCUGAAAAUCUUUUCAUGUUUGAGUGUGAAAUCCUUAUUAAACUGUUUGUUUCUCUCUCGA